AGGGGCGGCUCGACGAGGUUCGCGCGACCCUCAGCAGAGGGCGCUGUCGUGGUCCGCACGCCGGCCCUCGAGCCUGCGCCUGCGCCUGCGCGGUGCGGGCCGCGCCCCGCCCCCUGCCCCUCUGCCCUCCGCCGGCCGGCCGGCCCCUCCUCGGCCGCGCGCCCCAGUCCCGCUCAGCCGCCGCUCGGUCCUGUAGCAGCCAGCCCCGUCUCCGGCAGCAUGUUCAGCUGGGUGAGCAAGGAUGCCCGCCGCAAGAAGGAGCCGGAGCUCUUCCAGACGGUGGCCGAGGGGCUGCGGCAGCUGUACGCGCAGAAGCUGCUGCCGCUGGAGGAGCACUAUCGCUUCCACGAGUUCCACUCGCCCGCGCUGGAGGACGCUGACUUCGACAACAAGCCGAUGGUGCUCCUGGUCGGCCAGUACAGCACCGGCAAGACCACCUUCAUCCGCCACCUGAUCGAGCAGGACUUCCCGGGGAUGCGCAUCGGGCCGGAGCCCACCACCGACUCCUUCAUCGCGGUCAUGCACGGCCCCACCGAGGGCGUGGUGCCCGGCAACGCGCUGGUCGUGGACCCGCGGCGCCCCUUCCGCAAGCUCAACGCCUUUGGCAACGCCUUCCUCAACAGGUUCAUGUGUGCACAGCUGCCCAACCCAGUACUGGACAGCAUCAGCAUCAUUGACACGCCUGGGAUCCUGUCUGGGGAGAAGCAGCGCAUCAGCCGAGGUUAUGACUUUGCGGCUGUCCUUGAGUGGUUCGCAGAGCGUGUGGACCGCAUCAUCCUGCUGUUCGACGCCCACAAGCUGGACAUCUCAGACGAGUUCUCAGAAGUCAUCAAGGCCCUCAAAAAUCACGAGGACAAGAUCCGUGUGGUGCUGAACAAGGCUGAUCAGAUCGAGACGCAGCAGCUCAUGCGAGUGUACGGGGCCCUCAUGUGGUCCCUGGGGAAGAUCAUCAACACCCCCGAGGUGGUCAGAGUCUACAUCGGCUCCUUCUGGUCACACCCACUGCUCAUCCCUGACAACCGGAAGCUCUUCGAGGCAGAGGAGCAGGACCUCUUCAAAGACAUCCAGUCUCUGCCGAGAAACGCCGCCCUCAGGAAGCUCAAUGACCUCAUCAAGCGGGCCAGGCUGGCCAAGGUCCAUGCCUACAUCAUCAGCUCCCUCAAGAAGGAGAUGCCCAAUGUUUUCGGGAAAGAGAGCAAGAAGAAAGAGCUGGUGAACAACCUGGGAGAGAUCUACCAGAAGAUCGAGCGGGAGCACCAGAUCUCUUCCGGCGACUUCCCAAGCCUGCGUAAGAUGCAGGAACUCCUGCAGACCCAGGACUUCAGCAAAUUCCAGGCCUUGAAGCCCAAGCUGCUGGAUACAGUGGAUGAUAUGCUGGCCAACGACAUAGCUCGGCUGAUGGUGAUGGUGCGCCAGGAGGAGUCCCUGAUGCCCUCACAGGCUGUGAAGGGUGGUGCUUUUGAUGGCACCAUGAAUGGGCCUUUUGGGCAUGGCUACGGCGAGGGGGCUGGCGAGGGCAUUGAUGAUGUUGAGUGGGUAGUUGGCAAGGACAAGCCCACCUAUGAUGAGAUCUUCUACACACUGUCUCCUGUCAACGGCAAGAUCACAGGUGCUAAUGCCAAGAAGGAGAUGGUGAAGUCCAAGCUGCCCAACACAGUGCUGGGGAAGAUCUGGAAGUUGGCAGAUGUGGACAAGGAUGGCCUGCUGGAUGACGAGGAGUUUGCCCUGGCCAACCACCUUAUCAAGGUGAAGCUAGAGGGCCACGAGCUGCCCGCUGACCUUCCUCCACAUCUCAUUCCGCCCUCCAAACGGAGGCACGAGUGACUUCCGUGCCUGAGAUACCCUACAACCCCCAGGGCUGCUGCCACUUUCUCCCCACCAGCUCCUGUCUGCCCAGGUGGGCUGGGGCCUGGAGGGGCAGAAACUGGGGGAGGGAAAGGGUCACCAUUUUUCAAGGUCCAUAAAGACUGAGCGGUGUUUCCUCAGCUCUUGAAUAGGAAAACCACCAUCUUUCUUUUAAAGCUGUUCCGGGGUUCAGCGGGAGGCAUGGGUGACGCUUGGAUAUGAACAGUGGGAUUUUGUGCACAGGAACCAUGAUAUUUUUAAUAUAUAACAUUAGAGGCAGCCUUCUUUCUUGCCUCUUCUGUCUGACAGCCCCACACUCAGCUUCUCCCCUCUCCAAGUCAGGCACCUCUCCACCCCACCCUGGCACCCCUGUGCCCGAUGCCCCAGGGCUGUGUAAGCAGGAGGUCCCUGCUCCUUCAGCUUGUUUUUAGACUGGGGCUUCCCUCACGGGCAGCAGGUUGUUUCCUGCUAGCUAUGUUCUGUGCUUGGUUAAGCCACUCCAGUCCUCGGUGCUGUGCUGUGGGGUGCACACCUUACUCUGUCCACAUCCCCUGACGCCCCAGCCAGCACAGCAGCCACAGGUAGAAGACCCAACCACUGUUAUUUGUUGUGGAGGCAGGAGGAGUUGCAAGACAGUGUCUUCUAGGAAAAUGCAUAAGCUAGUUAGUGUUCUGUAGUGACACUUGAUACUUGACCAAGACUUUGAGUAACUUUUACAUCACUCGUUCAAAGCUGUGAUUUUUGUCUCCUCUUUCCUAUACUCCAGCCUUGGAGCAUUUCCACCCCAGAGCCAGCAUAGCGCUGACAUCCUAGGGCUUGAGUUUGCUUUCUGGCUGAGGGGAGGUCAUUCCAGCUUCUGCUCAGAGGGGUCUGAAAUGUACCCCCCCACACACCAAGGUCAACCUUUAUGGCAGCUUCCUGGAGCCCCUCUCUGCCUUUGGGCAGGCAGUAGGCCCUGUGACCUGGGGGUGGUCUGGGGCUGGUAAGAGGAAGCCUGUGGCUCUGGCCUGGGUGUAGUGUCCAUGCAGCACGACAGGGGAAAACCCAGCCCCUUCCCUCACCCUGUCAUUUCCUUCCUCUCCUCCUCUGCUGAGCCAAGGAGGUCUGGGUGUCCUGAGAGCCCCAGACUGAGCAGUAAGAAGCCUGAGCUAGCAAAUGACCACUUUAGUCACCCCACUGUAGCCUGGGGGACCUGGACACAUCCUGUGGCCAGUGGUUGGCUGUCAGGGUGGGCUUUCCACUGAGCUGGGUAGGGCAGUGCAGCCUGCUCCUCUGACACUGCAGGUGGGCUUCAGGGAGCUGCCUGCCAACCCCCAGCACUGUUCUGGGCCCUGCUGAGGGUGAGCUCCAGCCUGGCCUGUUACCUCCCUGCCUCAGCCCUCCACUCCUUGGCUGAGGGUGAGUGAGAUGUCUUCCUCACCUGUAGAGGGAGUGGCCGAGUGAAGACUGGUUCUUGCAUUAAAGAAAGUUUAAUUGUGCCAAAGCC